GAUAAGAGUCUUUGAAGCCCCAGCUCAAGACAAGGCUGAGAAUAUUAAGCCUGGAAAGAAGAGACCUUUUAGUGAAAUUAGUAACACAACAGUUGGUGGUAAUAUAUCAUCUAAACAUGCUAAAAAUAGACAGAGAAGAAUAGCCAGAGCUAAGAAGAAGGGUCUGAAGAAUGUGGAAACUGAGAGUCCACCAAGAUUUGACCAUGAGCGCAAGGAAAUGUUGCUGCUGCUGCGGUUCUUCAAGUCGGGGAAGGUCUACUUUAUCCGGGGACACACAGAGAAUGGUGGAUUGGACAUACCUUUCUCACUUGUGGCAUCUGAGAAAUAUGAAGCUCGUAUGUUGGAGUUGGACACCGAAACUGCAUCACUAAGAACAUUCAGUAUCAAGGGUGUCUCCAACAUCCUCACCUUUACCACAUCGCUGACCGUUGAACAGCUUGAGAGACUACAGGAAAUGGCCGAGGAGUUCAUCAGCUUGAGUCAGUCCAAGUACCACCACCUCAAACACUUCUACAGGAACAAGCCACCACCCUACUUCGGAGACAUCUUCUACAACCACAAUGGAGUCAUGAAGCCCUACUUGAAGGACCACAAUGGUGACCAGUUAUCACCCAUCAAUGGGAAACUCAAUGGUUUGUUUUUCAGUGCUUCGGUCAAGUUUUCCACAGGGAAAGUUCCAUCUACUUCCUGCUUUGGUGCGAAGCGUCUGUAUGUUCCUGCGGAGGUUCUGUUUGAUGGGAACACCUGCUUGUAUUUCACAGACUUCUACUGCACAAGUAGUAGGGGCCCUCACUAUGUCACUCUUGUGAUGACGAGGAAGGGUUCAGAGGCAGAUCGGUUUUGUCAGACACGUUUGCGCCAGCUGAAUCCUUUCAACAACCCCUUCUUGUAUAAGAAAAACUGUUCGUAUGGUUGGCAGGUAUUCACAUGCACAUGCUCGGUUUGCUUGAAUAUUGAAGUGUUUUACACUGAAAAUGUGGACAUUAAGUGGCUCUUAGACAGACACAGGAACAAUGCAUAUUUUGAAAACGUUGAAACAUUUGGACAGGGACAUAGCUCUCUUAUGGGUAUCCCAAAGAAUACCAAAUGCAAGGUGUGCAACCUUCAGUUGGGAUCGCCUUUGAAAAGACAGCCUAAGUAGACCAUGGUCCAGUGAAAACCAAUAGCAACAUUAGGGAAUGUAAGAAAGAACAUUAUAGUGGUUGGGUAUUGCAUAUACUACUGACAAAAAGUAAGGAAACUGGAAGACUGAAAUUGAAGAUGUAAUGACAAUAAAUGUCUGAAAGUAAUUUCAGGAAUGUAGGUCAAUAUAUAUUUUGUCUAAUUGGUCAAUGAGUAUAUUAUAAAUUGCUGGCAUACUGUUAAAAUGUUUGCAUAUGGUUGCUCAUGGUAUUUUCCGCCAUUAUGCCAGAAGAGCUACCCCAGGCUGGGCCUCUCUCCGUCUGAGAACAUCCUUUUGAUGUUCUAUCAGGGAUGGCGGUGGGGUAGCCUAGUGGUUAAAGCAUUUGCUUGUCACGCGGAAGACCUGGGUGGGGAUUCCCCACAUGGACACAAAUUGUGAAGCCCAUUUCUGGUGUCACUCACUCUAUUGGGGAUAUGUCAGGGGACGGCCCAAUAUCCAUAUGCCUUCUCAUUCAAUGAUGACAAUGGCUUUAUGUGGUGUGGUUGUAUCUUGCAGUUCAAAUUUUGUCAACUUAUCAAAAUACCCAUUUAAUCUCAUAGCAAUAUACCAACCUUGGGCGAAUAUCAUAUUGCACUUCCAUUUCCAUAAUGGCUGCAAUAUCUACAUUUUUAAAUGUCUCAACAGUAAGAAAACGUUAGAUUGAACAGUCUGCUAUUGACAAAUCAGUUGCCAAGAAACAUCUUCAUGGAUAAAUACUCAAUGUUUCAGUGUCUUGUCUUACACUAUUCUGUGAAGGUUAUGCCCCCAAGGACCCCAUGCUUCCUGGCUCCUGCAUAGUCGGCCUUCAGUGGCUGAAAUUCACCUUCAUGUUAAUUGUUCAAAACUAUCUAUUGAUGGAAGGAGCAGAUUUAAACCUGUUGCAGAGUGCAAUUAAUGUAAUGAUGGACUUAGGUGUAUUUUCUUCAGGCCUGAUUUGACAAUGCUUGUCUCACACUCAACAACAUACACUUUUGGACUUUCCAGAAAUUCAGCCAAAGAGAAUUUGCCAUCUUUUUCUUCAGACACUGUCAUGGCAGCAGUUUAAGCAUGCAUUUAGCUGACAUACAUUAGGGACCGUUCAUAAUUAAUGUGUGUGUGUUUGUGUGUGUGUGAUGGAGAAGCAUGUACAAUGUGAAUGACCCCCCUUAAAAUUUCUGUACAAAAUAAAUGACUCCCCAGCAUGUCACGUACAAAAUCAAUGAUUCCCCCCUCCCCAUAAUUUUUAAGCAUACCUUUAAACAUAUUUUUAUGUACAAAAUUGAUGACCCUCCCCCUAGUACAUGUGUACAAAAUUGAUGAC